AUGGCAUCAUCGUCAAGUUUGGAGAGAGAAAACAAUUCCAAUAAAAGCAAUGAUAGUCCGGUGCUCCUUCCCGAAUUUCCAGAAACAGAUGUUACAUUGAUUGUGGAAGAUCAGAAAAUUCACGUAAACAAAGCUGUUCUUUCUCAGCAUUCACCUGUAUUUAAAGCUAUGUUUUCUGGAAAUUUUAAGGAAAGCACCUUAAAAGAGAUACAUCUUCAUGACAAAAAGUUCAAAGAUGUUGUGGAAUUUCUUAUGUUCUAUCCCAACAUGGAGCAUAGUAUAACAAAAAAUAAUGUACUGCAGAUACUACCAUUUGCACAUGAAUACCAGUCCCCUCUUGUUACUGAAUGUGAAAAGUUCAUGACAAACAUGUGUAAACCAGGAACAAGUUUGACAGUUACCUCACUACUGGAUUACAUCCUCGCAGCCGAAAAAUAUGAGCUAAAGAUAUUACUAGAGACUGCAGUGGAAUAUUGCAACCUAUACGAUAUACGACGAAUUUCCACAUUUUUGAUAAGAGCAUUUGUUAUCCGAUAG